AAUAUCACAAUUUUUUUUUAUAUAAAAUAUAGCUCAACUUUAACAUAAUAAGUGGCGAAGAGAUGGAGGAAUAGACUUAGCCAUACAAACUCAAUACAAUCAAUCACUCUCCUAAGUAGUUGACAUAAAACAAUUAAUCACUUUUAGUCAGAUCUAAUUACAAACUCGAAACAAUCAAUCACUCUCCUAAGUAGUUGGGAUAAAAUAAUUAAUCACUUUUAGUCAAAUCUAAUUCAUGCAUGUUGUUACUUAGUAAGCUCUAUAAAUAACAACAUAAACUUUGAGCUAAUUACACUUAAAAAACGACAAUAACCAAAUAAAGUACUUUUUUAGGUGGUUAUUUAUUAACAUGGAUAAUAUGAUAAAAGUUGAGAUUUUGUCAAGAGAAUUAGUAAAACCAUCAAAUCCAACUCCUUCACACCUUAAAGAUUACAAACUCUGUUUUUUAGAUCAAUUCAUACCUGAAACUCACGGCGGAAUCACCUUCUUUUACUCUUCCAAUUCCCAUUUUCUUAAAUCUGAUCAAAACGACAACAAAAACUAUUGUCGUAUUCUCAAAAAAUCGUUAUCCGACACCUUAACGGAUUUUUACCCAAUCGCAGGGCGAUUUAGAGACACGUCAACAAUCGAUUGCAACGACAAUGGAGCUUGUGUCGUUGAAGCCAAAAUCAACUCGAACCUCUCUGAUUUUCUCACUAGGGUUAAUCAGACAAAAGAUAUUCACACACUUUUGGGGAAAUUGAUUCCCACUUUGGAUUCGGAAACCAUGGAAUUAGCUUCCAAAUGUAUGUUGAUCGCUCAAAUCACUGUAUUCAAUUGCGGUGGAGUUUCGAUCAGUUUCUGCCUUGAACACCGAUUCUGCGAUUUCUCCUCCGUUAUGGUUUUCCUCAACAGCUGGAGCGCCAGAUCCAGAGGCGGCGAUGGAAAAAUCGUGCUCCCUGAUUUUGUCGGAUCGGAUUUUCUUCCGCCGCAAGACAUGCCUCCUCUACCACCAUACCACAAUAAUAAUCCAUUUGAGAAUCGAAACACAACGAGGCUGGUCUUCGAACCUGCAAAAAUCUCAGAUCUGAAAUCGAGAUAUUUCACAGAGAUCUCCGAUCAGAACAAGAAAAUCUCUCGAGUCGAAGUGGUUCUUGCUCUAAUUCUGAAAUCGGCAAUCUCCGCGGCUCGAUCGUCUUCAUCGAUUAAAAAAUUGGAAGGAGCAGAUCUCACGAAAUCUUUGCUAUUCCAAGCGGUGAACUUACGGAAGAGGACUGAGCCGCCAUUGCCGGAAAAUGCGAUGGGGAACCUCUUCUGGUUGCUUCCGGUGAUGAUAAAGGAAGAAGAGAAGAAGAAUAUUGAGUUUCAUGAGAUAAUUAACGAGAUGAGGAGGGAAACGACGUCGUUUUUGGACGAAACGGUUAGGAAAAUCAAAGGCGACGAAGAAGGGAUUGGAUUGGUUUUUAAGUCGGCGAAAGAGAAAAAAGAGAUUAUGGAGAGUGUCGGUGACGUGGACACGUAUUUCUGUUCUAGUUGGUGUCGUUUUCCGAUUUAUGAGAUGGAUUUCGGGUGGGGCAACCCGGUUUGGGUGAGUAGUGGAUUUGUGUCGUCGCUGAACUUGAUAGUUAUGGAGGAUACUAAGUGUGGUGAAGGAAUUCAAGUUUGGGUUUCUUUGGAUCCAAAAGUUAUGGCCAUAUUUGAACGAGACCAUGAAUUGUUGUCGUUUGCUUCACUAAAUCCAACUAUCAUGGCCUAGUUAAUUUAGUUUCGGUGCAAGUGCAUGCAUGCAACGUUGGUACGUUGGUACGUAGUUGCUUGUGGGGUCAGUUUUGGUUUUCAGCCAAUUAAGAUCACGAUAAAAUAUUAUAUUAUUAUUGAAUACUAGUUGUGUGUCUAACACGUUUACGUGUCGUUUUAUAAUUGAUUAGCGAUAUUUUUUAAAAAUUAUUAUACAAAAUUGUA